AAGAUUUCCUCACUUCUGAAGCACUGCCAAAUCAGCACUUAAACACGCUCUAUAAUACAAGCUGCCAACUCAUGACACUCACGGCUGCUACACUGAAGCGCUCAUUAUGUUUUGACUUCCUUUUAUCUGCGCAGGUUUCUGCCAGUGAAUCAGUCUGCUAGUGGAGACAGACCAGGAACUGCAGCAGAAGACACAAUCAAGGCAGUCAAAGCGGAGCCCCAAGAUGUGGUACCUCCUUGUGCUGCUCUGCUCCCAAGGAAUUGUCUUUUCAGCAGGAUUUACAACACUUUCCACUCUGAAUUCAGACACAAGCCAGUGCAGGAAGACUCGCAACCCCGAAUGUUUUAUGAACGUUAGUGAAAUAAUCAGAUAUCAUGGAUACCCCAGUGAGGAAUAUCAAGUUACCACAGAGGAUGGAUACAUUCUUGGUGUUUUCAGAAUUCCUGCUGGGAGGAACAACCAAAAUACAGGGCAAAAGCCUGUAGUCUUCCUACAGCAUGCUUUUCUAGGAGAUGCUACCCACUGGAUUUCUAACCUGCCCAACAACAGCUUGGGCUUCCUCCUCGCAGAUGCUGGCUAUGAUGUCUGGAUGGGAAACAGCCGAGGGAACACUUGGUCUUUAAAACACAAGACCCUUAAUCCCAGCCAGAAAGCGUUCUGGCAGUUCAGCUUCGAUGAAAUGGGUAAAUACGAUAUUCCAGCGGAACUGUACUUCAUCAUGAAUAAAACUGGACAGAAGUAUGUAUACUAUGUUGGUCACUCUGAAGGCUCAACAGCAGGCUUCAUAGCAUUUUCUACAUACCAUGAGCUGGCUAAACGGGUGAAAAUGUUCUGUGCUUUGGGUCCAGUAAUCACAUGCUCACAUGCUACAAGCCCUCUGAUUAAGAUAAUAAGUGUUCCUGAACCACUGCUCAGGUUAGUACUUGGCUGCAAAGGGGCCCUGCACCAGAUUGGACUUCUGAAAGGACCUGUGACACAAUUCUGUACAGACCUGGAUAAGUUUUGUGGCCAUGUACUGUGUUACAUAGCUGGAGGCAACAUAAAAAAUCUGAACACGAGUCGAAUAGAUACAUACGUAGGACAUUCCCCUGCUGGAACAUCAGUACAGAACAUUAUUCAUUGGCGUCAGAUAAGACGUGCAGACCGAUUUCAAGCUUACGACUAUGGCUCUAAGGAAAACAUGAAGAAAUACAACCAGUCUACUCCUCUUGCAUACAAGAUAGAGAAGAUAGGCAUACCAAUUGCUGUUUGGAGUGGUGGAGAAGACAAAUUUGCAGAUCCAAAAGACAUGGCAAAGCUACUUCCUCGGAUUACUAAUCUCAUUUACCAUGAGCAUUUUCCUGCUUGGGGACAUCUUGAUUUCAUCUGGGGCCUUGAUGCAACUGAGAAAAUGUAUUGGAAAAUCAUUGAACUAAUAAGAAAAUACUUUUGAAACCA